UUUGUACUGCGCAUGCGCAAAACAACUCCCUCUCUUCUCUGCACUUCAAGAUGGCGUUAGUUUUACCGGAUGGGUUUCAGCACAUCCUUCGUGUUCUUAAUACUAACAUUGAUGGAAGACAGAAAAUCAUGUACGGGCUGACUUGCAUUAAGGGUGUGGGCAGAAGGUAUGCUAAUCUGGUUUGUAAGAAAGCCGAAGUUGACAUGAAUAAACGAGCUGGAGAAUUAACUGAAGAAGAAAUUGAGCGUGUUGUCACAAUCCUUCAGAAUCCUCGUCCAUAUAAAAUCCCAGAUUAUUUCCUUAACAGGCAAAAGGACAUCAAAGAUGGAAAGUAUUCACAAGUUGUAUCUAAUCAAUUGGAUAAUAAGCUUAGAGAGGAUCUUGAGCGAUUGAAAAAGAUUAGAGCUCAUCGUGGCCUCCGCCAUUACUGGGGUCUAAGAGUCAGAGGCCAGCACACCAAGACAACAGGAAGGCGUGGUCGCACAGUGGGCGUGUCCAAGAAGAAAUAAAACAAUUUCAUUAUUGUCCUAUUAUUAUUAUUAUUAAUGAAGAAUGAAUAUUUGAUUUCAGUAUA